AUGUGGGUCAUCUUCAAUCUUGCGCCUCAGGGCAUCUUUGUCAAGUUUGCUGGGUCUUCCUGCACGUGGUUUGUCUUCAAGCUUCUCAUCGUCCACACGAAACUUUGCGAACCAUCUGGUCACCGUAGAAUAACUCACAACAUUCUUACCCUCAUUUUCGUUUAUGAUUCUGAAGGUUUCUGCCGCAGUAUUUCCGCGUUUGAAUUCAUUCCAUAUAAUCACGCGCACGCGAGAUUUCUCGAUUUUUUUCUAAUACCUAAAACAAUACAAAAAAAUGAAAUUAAGUUAUGUAACUUACCUUUUUGAAUAAUUUAGGUAACAAACAAACAAACAAAAAAAGAAUUUUUUCUUUCCGUCAAGAAAUAAAUUUUUCCUGAUUUUUCAAAGUUUACCUACUCAAAUAUUGCAGAACUUUCCGGACAACCUAAUAAUAUAUAGUUUUAAAAUUUUUUUAUUUUAGAAAAACAACUAUCUUCUGAAAAAGACGACGACAAUCAAGCACCGAUCGUCAGACUCCCUCUCCUUGCAGUCAGAGAACUACCUGAAGCUUCUGAGAUCAAUUUAGUGUGUACAGUUACUGGUAUUCCACCACCAAAGAUCGAGUGGUUCAAAGACGACGAGUUGGUCACUUUUGCCAACUUUAAGGUAAGUUUAGAGUUAAAACUGUUUACAACAAGAUUCUGUAGAAUUUACCAAAGUUACAAUGUAAACUAAAAAUUAUUCAACUUGAAAUUGCAGUAUGACAAUGGAAUAGCUACACUAAACAUCCCCGAAGCAAAGCUCAUUCAUUCUGGAAUAUACACCUGCUUGGCCAAGAACAGAUUUGGCACAGUUAGAUCGUCAGGAGUACUCUACAUUCAACGUAAGAUAACACAAAAUUUUAUUUUAGACAAAGUAAAACAGAAUAUAAAAGACCAAUUUUUAAAAUUAUAUGUUUUAGCUAAACCAAGCGAUGCUCAAAAAGCGCCCCGUUUUGAAGAACUGUUGUGUAACUCUACGGUCGAAAACGGAAGAGAGUUGUCUUUGGUUUGUAAGGCUGUAGGAAAACCUCAACCUUCGAUCACUUGGUUGAAAGACGGCUUGAAGAUCAUACCCAAUCAACGGUUGAUCCAGUACACAGACAGACGAGGAGUUGUAAGGCUAAACAUCAUCAACUGCAAAGCUGAAGAUGCGGGAGAAUAUUCUUGUGAAGCAGAAAACGGGUUUGGUCGAGAUUUUACUCAUUGCACAGUCAAAGUUGUAGAUGACAAAGAAAAGGCAAUGAAUGAGAAGAAAAUGGACAAGUCUCCACAAAUUACACGGAACUUGGUGGAUGGUAACGUGCACGAAGGCAAUAAGUUUGUCUUCGAAUGUGAACUAGAAGCAGACGAUUCGCCUGUCGUCAAAUGGUAUCACAAUAAAACUCUGAUUGAAGAUGAGAAGACUUUAAGAACUUAUUUCGACGGUAGAUUAGCCAUUCUGAAGGUCUUUGAAGCUAGCAGUAGCCACGCUGGAGUCUACGAAUGUGUGGCAUCUAACGCGUUUGGUGAGGUAUUUUCGUCAGCUUCCUUGCUUGUUGAAAAAAGCGAGGAAUCAGAGGAAUACCCACCAAACAUGCCAGAAUUUACAACAAAGAUUCGAGACUUGACGGUGAAGGAAGGGGAAGACGCUUCUUUCACAUGCACGGUGAAGGGAGCUUUGAAUCCGUCAAUCCAAUGGUUGUUUAAUGGAAGCGCGUUAGUAAACUCAACGCAAACGAUAAUACAAAGUAACGACAACACACACAUGCUGGCUAUCAGGAAUGUGUUAACGGCGAAUGCUGGGGUCUACACAGCGAUUGCAAAGAACAUAUACGGAGACAUUCACUGUUCGGCCGAACUGACAGUCGAAAAAGGUGGGUGUUUUAUAUAAAAUUGAAAGAAAAAGGUAAUAUUGCGAUAGCUAGGUAUUUUAAUAUAAAAAGAAUUGACUUCAUCGACAAAUGUUAAGAUCCUACCUUAUACACUUAACCAAUAGCUCUAUUGAUCGUAUAAUUUAGACGAGAGCCAGCCACUGAUCACCCCCAUAUUUCGGUACCCAUUGCACGACAAAACCGCUAUUGUCGAAGAAAGUGUUUCUUUGAAGUGCAGUGUCGAUGCGGCUCCACCUCCAAGUAUAAUAUGGGAGAAAGACGGCAAAGUCGUUCAACCAAGCAACCGAUUACGGUUCGCUCAAGCAAACAACGUUUACGCUCUCAAGCUGCACGAUGUUGACAUGAAUGAUGCUGGAAACUACCUGGUUGGUUACAUACUCAGUAGUUAAAUAUAUUACUUUAGGUGCGAAUUACCAACCCACUGGGAAGCAUAACGUCGGAGUGCGUGUUAAUGAUAGCUACGGAAAGCGGCGCGGACUCACACUUGGUCGCCGCUGAAAGUGACAUAAACCGGCCAGAGUUUCUCGUCAAGCCUCCCGAAGAGAAUUCGGUUUCAGAAGGCUCUCCACUCGAGCUGAGAGUUAAGGUCAAAGGAUAUCCGACACCCAACGUCAAAUGGCUUAAGGAUGGCAAAGAGAUCGCUCGCACUAACCGGUCGUAUCACACCCGCGUUACUGGUGACGGACAAUAUGUUUUGUUGAUCGAAUGCGCGAUCCUGAAGACUUCUGGCACAUUCACUUGUGUGGCGUCUAACAAGCACGGUCACAGUGAAUGUCAUACUCAGCUGAAGGUGAAAAAGCGAGGUAAAAUACUGCUUUAUGACUUGAUCUUUUCGCAAGUUUUCUAUUGAUGCUAAAAUUUUAGCUCCAAGUAGUUAUUUUAGACGUAGAGCAAUAUAAAUUUUUCUUUUUUAAAUAUUGAUUACUUAUGUUUCAGCAUCUUUCAAAAGCACCGGCGAGUCGCUGCCACCAAUAUUUGCUUCUAAGCCGAGCAACUUGACUGUCACAGCCGGCAGUCCCGCCAGUUUUAAAUGUCAGGUAACAGGAAAUCCUGUACCAACAAUCAGCUGGCUGUUUGUUGACACUAACAACAACAAACAUUUACUCGAGUUUGAACAAAGUGGCUGGAAACUGAGGAACAACGGUGGUGUCUACAAGAUCGUCACCGAUACCGCUGUGAAGUUUCAAGAAGGAACAUACGAAUGCACUGCAAGAAACAACGAAGGCACAGCCAUGUGUUCAGCUACUCUUGUUGUGAAUGACAGUGAAGUGAGCAUGGGCCCUCCAAGGAUUCUAGAACCGAUGAAUAAUGCGGCAGCGGCUCUUAAUGAGGAAUGUAGCUUUCAAGUGAAGGCUGCUGGUACACCGACUGCUGUCGAAUGGUUUCACAAUGAUAAAAGAGUAUCAGAAGAUCAUAGGAUUAAGGUAUGAUAACUUACUUUUUAUAAUCGUUGUUUUUUUAAACAAAAUGAUACAAGAGUAAUAUUUCUUUUUCAGCUUCGUCAAAGCAAAGCCAACUGUUACGAACUUCACAUUACUUCUAUCAAACUAUCAGAUGUCGGUUCGUAUGUUUUGAAGUUAUCUAACAACGACGGAGAGACUUCAUCUGAAGCCAUCCUGAAUGUGAAGCCAAGUACUCUGCCAUUGAAUCCUCACCCUAAGCAAUUGAAAUCUCCGAUUGUGUCCCCAUUAAGCCCAUUAUUCCAAUUGAUGCCUGAGACCGAGACCGUAGAACCUAAGAUUAGUUUGAAGCGGAAAGGAGCCGCUCCCGACUUUGUAGUUGGACUACAAGACAUCGAGGUGGCAGCGGGAGACGUGGCUGCUGUUGCUGGAAAAUUGCAACCAAAAAGUUAGUUUUUUGAAAUUUAAAAAUUAAAAGUUUUAACUUGUACAAAAUGUUUAAAACUUGUUAAAAUAUUCACAAGGUAUAAAAGUAUACACAAAUUCAGCAAACUAAACCUAAAAUCAUAUAAUUUCAGAACGAAAACACCGAUUGUUCGAAAAACACAAUCAGGAGGAUCCCAAGACAUUGGCCGGCUCUUUAGUAGCUCGUUUAAGUAAUGAGAACGACGAACAAAUGGACUACUCCCCACAACAACCACGGCCAAAUACCAGUGAGUAAAAUGAAUCCCCGUUCCAUAAUUAUGUGUCUAUUAUUUAGCUCUGGCUGAAAUCGGCAAAACUAUCGCCAAGCGGAAUAAAGAGCCAUGUGCGCCAAAAUUCUUUGUCAAACCGAAGCCCAAGACCGAAAUUGAGGAAGGCAAGUCGUUGCGUCUUAAGGCCGCGGUUAGUGGAAACCCAAUCCCCGAUGUUCGUUGGGACAAAAACGGAGUGAUUUUGGAGACCGGUAACAAAUUCUCAAUUUACAACGACGGCGACCUCUACUUCCUCGAAGUGCACCACCUCAGCACUUUCGACCAGGGCUUCUACAACUGCACCGCCACCAAUAUUGAUGGCUUUGCCACGUGCACCACACACGUCCUGGUCUCCACGUCCGACACCCUCAUAGACAAACUCAAAAAGAAUAUGAAGAAACAACAGACGCCACUCGAGUUCUUGGAAGUUUUGCCAGGACGAGAGAAGGUAAGUGAACAUAUUAAUGUAAAGGUUCAAACCAUAAAAGUGCUUUCCUCAGGGAAUGUGCAGUCAUAAGCAAUUACACUAAUUUUCGGCAUUUUUUAUUAACUUUGGGUAUUAUUUCAUGCUCCUAGAGCCAAACAGAGCAACAACUAGUAAAAACACUUUCAAGUUGCAUCUUUCAAGUUUUAAAAUUUACUUUUUAGGUAAAUGUGGGACAAACUUUGUCUUUGGAAUGUAUUGUUACUGGUUACCCAGCUCCAGACAUUCUCUGGCAAAGGAAUGGCACUACUUUGGUACCUCAAACCAAUAAGUACCAAAUGUUCUUUGACGGUGAAUGUUCCACUUUGCGUUUUAUGUCAUUAUCUGCUGCUGAUGAAGGGACCAUCGUGUGUGUAGCGGAGAACCCCCUGGGCAAAGUGAUGACACAAACCUAUUUAGAAGUCGUGUCAUCUAACACUGGAAGUGCUAACACCCCACAAUUCAAGAAGGAACACGUUAAAAAGCAGAAGACUGUUGACGGAAAAGCGUUGGUGAUUGAAGCACCUCUCAAGAACAGUAAGAACAUUGUUUUAUAAUUAUGUUCUUUCUUGUUUACAAGGAAAGUACCCAACCUGCAACUCUCAGAAUUAGCUUAAAAUUUUUAUACGGAUUCUUUGUAGUACAGUAGCACAUAUAAAAAAUCUUAGCUUGCGGUUUUAAGUUUUACAAUUAAUAUAUUUAAAUUUCCCGCCAACUUGGCAAAUUUGGCAUUGUGUUGCAAGCACUUUUUUGACUUUCCAAAGAAGAUAGACUUACAAAUUUAAAAUUGCAGGUUCAUUUGAAGCUUUUCUAUCAUUACAUUAAAGAAAAAUAGUUAGAAGUCAAAAAAUAAGAAAGUUAUAAACUUGAAACACUAUGCCAAUUUGGCGGGAAAUUCAAAACGUGAAUCUUUGAUCUCGAUUUUCUCAAGUCUGGCCGCAAACCGCAACUUAGGAUUUUGCAUAAGAUGUUACAUUUACAUGAUCUUGCAAUUAAAAAAUUUUGAACGAAAUCUGAGCGUUGCAGGUCGGGUACCUUCCUUGUUAGUUACAUUUACAAUUUAAAAAAAGUUGAAUUCAGGUUAUAAAGUUUUACUUUUUACUAAAAAUAUAAUUUAGGUUUUGAGAAAGUCGAAUUCAAAUGGAUGAGUGGAAACAUUACCAUCGAAGAUUCCGAAGCUUUUAAAUACGGUCGAAGAAAGAACAACUUAACCUUGACGAUCACUGAUCCCUUCCCCGAAGAUUCUGGAGAAUACGUUUGCGUAGCUCAGAAUCGGCACGGAGAAUCUCAGUUCACGGCCGAAGUAACGAUAACUGAUGACAUGAAGUCUAUAUCCCAUGUCAAGAAACCGAUUCUGAAGCCGAAACAACCCACGAUCUACGGAUCAGAAGGCUGUUCAGUAGACCUGACGGCCGAAGCUUCUGGAUCAGAUCCAGUCAUCUCCUGGUUCCAAGAACAGGAGCAAAUAUUAGCGGACGAGAAGCACGAAAUGAUCAACAGCUCCAAUGAACACACUCUCAGAAUCCACGACUUUGAGAAGAGCGAUCAAGGAGGCUACAAGCUUCUGGCUAUCAACAACGCCGGGAUUGCCGAAGCCACAUUCGACCUUCAGUUGCAGUCAAACACAAAGUUAAGGUAUGGUUACUGUCUUUUAUGUCUAAAUUUGUUCAAAAAAGGCGUAGAAUUCAGUUUUUUUUUGUAUUUUUAAAGCUGUGUAGCAGGCUGUAUGUAUGAUUUUUAUCAAAAUAUUAUUACAUUGAGUACUUACUAUAAUAUAAUUCGAAAAUUAUUUUGAAAAGUUUUAGAAACGGAACGAAACCAAGUUUUGUACAAUUCCCAAAGAAUGUACAAAGCAAACCAAACGAAACAGUUACAGUAACUUGUGAAUUCGAAGGAGACCCAGUACCUAAAGUUAGCUGGUUUAAGGGAUCUCGACAACUCGAAUCCAAUGAGAAUAUUGUAAUUGAAACCACACCUACGAGUAGCCAGCUGUCGAUCUCGAUGGUCGACGCUGACUUGCAGGGAGAAUAUCUGUGUACGAUAAGGAACCCAUUUGGAGAAGAACUCAACAGUUUGACAAUAUUAAUGUUACGUAAGUUCAUGGAGUUUGUUGCAUGUUUAAGUGUUUGGUCCAGUGUAACAAUAGGUAACAACAAUAAUGUGUCUUACCGUAACUUAGUUCAUGUUUUAGGUUAUAUAAUGCUUUCAGAUAUACGUUAUCGUGUUACCGUCCUCCUUUCAGAUGUAUACAACACAAUGUUAUUUUUGUUAUGUUCAUUAGUCCAGUCCAUCCAAAUGGUCGUUUUUUAUAACACAAAAGUAACAUAUUUUUGUAACACGCAUUGCCUAUGAUAAUAUUUUGUCGGUUUAGAAGACGGACUUGCUACAUGGUAA